ACUCCAUCUCUCCGUGUGAAGCUUCCCCCUCCCUCGUGCCACAAUUAUGUCAAUGUCUGCCAGAAUUCUGAGAAGCAGCUUCGUUCCCGCAGUUCGGAGACCGUUUGUUACUAGCAAGCCCGCCUUUUUACUGUCCAAUCGCUACCGCACAAUGGCCACCAAGGAGUUCCUCUGCAUCCUCCCCGACAAGCCGGAUGCGCUUGCCCGGCGCUUGGAGGUCAGACCUACACAUCUUGAGAAUGCCCAGGGCCACAAGAGCAACGGAAAGGUUGCCGUCGGUGGUGCCAUGUUUGAGAAGGAGCACCCUGUCGAGGGCCAGACGCCCGGCUUUAAGGGUAGCGCCAUGAUCUACACCGUCAAGGACGCCGAGGAAGCCUGGGAACUCAUCAGAGGCGAUGUCUAUGCCAAGAACGAUGUUUGGGACCUGGAGAAGGCACAGGUCAUUCCGUUCAAGUCAGCUAUUCGCGAGUCUCUGUAAACAUGUCUGAGUACGCUAGUCAACUUGUACACAAUCAUAUUGCAACCUAGGGCAGACUUGGCUCCAGCGUAUUCCAUCACAGGAAUAUACAGGAAGCCCAUAUAGGUCCCUCUGGUGCCAUUCCUGUCACCAGCAUAGCAGGCGCCUUCCUAGGUCGGUU